CACCUCCGCACGCCCCCAACCUUCAAUUGCACUUGCAACAUCGACAUAUCACCGGCUGUUCAUUUGCGUCAUGGCAUCCAUUACUUCAGACUACGCUAGUUCAAUGCCUCGAGGACGAAGGAGAAGGGAAGUAGUGGGCAGAAAUGAGGGCAAGAGAUUUGUUUGCACAAAUGACGGGUGUGGCAGAAGUUUUACGAGAGCAGAGCAUCUCCAAAGACAUCUGCUGAACCAUUCGACUGGCGAGUAUACAUGCGAUAGAUGCAGGGCUCACUUUAAGCGGAGAGACCUCCUCGGUGAGACGCGGUUCCUUGCAAGUCUUCAGGUUCCCUGCACGUGCUCCAAUCUUCUUUGAUCACUCGAUUCUUCAAGAGUGGAUUGAAUACUUUGCACGACCUUUCUAUCAUCUCCGACUCUGCGUAACACUAUCAUUAUUUCGCAAGUGUCCUUGAACCGGGCCGAGCUUUGAUUAGCACAGCAAAGGGCAAGGCUUUGUAUGCCG